CUUAUCCGUACCAACGAGUUGAUCUGAUCUGCCCCUACCUACCGGUUUGCAAGAUAGCAAGUCGAUGUAGUACCUUCAUCUCGUUUCGCAGGAAUGGAUAGACACGAGAAGCGACCAAGGUCAGACAAAUUCCCCCUUACCGGGGCCCCGUCACGUGAUGCGGCGUUUCUUCCCCCGGUCACGUGGGGCGAUCCUUUCUUCAGCCUUGACCACGCGAUGCACAGUCUGUCUUCCUCCUCAAGAGGAAAAAUGGGAAAACGUUAACGACGACAUGAUUUGAACUCUCCGCUGCAUACCUCGUGUGAAGAGUGUAGCAGGAUCAAGGACAAUUAAGCGUGCGCGGUCGAGGGAGGCCGUGGCUAGUCUUGACAAGGCUCCGACUGACGCUCACGUUUUCACUACCACACCAUUUCUGUCAGAGUCCGGCUGGAAUCUCCAGCAAAUGGCUGAGGCAAACAGGCCUGAUAGGACUGCAGCAAGUGCAGGACAAUCAUGUCGAGAAUGUCGCCGACGCAAAGGAAAAUGCGACGGAAAAAUGCCCGUGUGCUCGAUUUGUCAAAGAUAUAACCGACAUUGCCUCUACGACAAACAUAGUAGGUCGUCGUUGACAAGAAAGCAUCUUACAGAAGUCGAGGAACGGCUAGAGAAGGCCGAGGCAUUGCUAAGGACGGUCUUCACUGAAGCACAACUGGCUGAGAUGUUGGCCCAUGGUGCCUCUGCCGGCACCAACCACGCAUUCAGAGGAACGAAUGCGACUCAAUCCGCUUCACAAGGAGCCACUCAAACCAUCAAUGAGCCUGUUUCUUCAAGUUUCUUUCGCCAAACAGAGCAGAAAACGGACUCCAGCAUUCUGCAGCCUGGAGCUGUUGGAGCAUCAGCAAAUGAUGCCCAAGGAACUUCCCUGUCUUUCGAGAGUUUGCCGGCGGCCGAGGAUGACUUUGAGUGGGAUGAGCGAGAACCGUCAUGGGCGAUGCCUGAUCCUGGGGGCGAGAGCAGCGUCCCCGAAACUGAUGCUGAAGCCGAUAUACCUAGGAUUACCGAUGGCAUGGCCACGCUCACGGCCGAUGACUCCAACACCGGCUUUUGGGGUUCAGUAUCAGGCGCAGCACUUCUACGGCUAAUAUGGAUGGGCAAUGCGAUCGAAGCAGGAGACGAGAGACCGGAGCUGAGGAGAGAGCGGCGGAAAAGUCUGGAGCAACUCUUCAAGAAGAGUCCGGAGCAAUAUGCCUCGUCUCUAUCAUGGCUGCAGACACAGCCGCUGAUCACUCGAGCGGUCGUGGACAACCUGGUCGACGCCUACUUCGCCUUCUACCAUCCUACAUUUCCCAUCUUGCACGAACCGACCUUUAGAGAGCAAUAUGCCAAACUCAAUGGUCGUCCCGGUGGAAGUACAAGCACAUGGCAUAUCUUGGCGAAUCUGGUCGCUGCUCUUGGCUCGUUCGUUUCGACAACGUGUUCCGACGACACUCACAUUACGUUAUUCAACGGCGUCAAGGGCAAUCUGACGAUAGGGUCGCUGGAAACAGGAAGCUUGAAUCUUGUCCAGGCGUUCGCCCUGGCGGCAAACUAUUUGCAAAAGAGGAAUCGGCCUAACAGCGGCUACAACUAUGGAGGUAUUGCGCUGCGGAUGGCGAUCUCUUUGGGUCUUCACAAGGAAUUCCAUGGCUGGCGGACGACUCCGUUCAAAAAGGAGAUCCGACGGCGAGUGUGGUGGUCGUUAUGUGUGUUGGAUGUUGGAGCCACAGUGACCUACGGCCGGCCGCUCAACUGGCCGCAAGUUGGGGUGGAAACUGCGUUUCCCCUGAACAUACACGAAAGGGAUCUCUCCCCAAGCUCAACCACGGUCCCUCCCGAAGUCAACGAGGCCACCAUCUACACUUACAUCCGGACGCAAUCGUCAUAUCAUCUCCGGACCAUACCGAUAUAUAACCGCUUAAUAUCAAACCCUGUGCCUUCUGCAGGCGAGCUGAUUUCUCUCGACGAUGAAUUGGUGCAAGGCUGGUUGACAAGUCUUCCAGCCUACUACUCUGACCAAGACCUUCCUCUUCCACAAGGAUUCUUACUCGGCCACGCCAUUGGUCGUUGGCGGUUCCGCCUUCUUCGGAUCAUCAUGUACCGACCAUUUUUGAUCCGGUGGGCACAGAAUGGCUUGGUAGGUUCUGUAAAGUCUUUGGGGACCAGUUCGUCUGGGCCAGGGUCAGCGCCGCCUGCAGAGUCAGUCGCCACGAUGCGCUGUUUUCAAGCUGCCGAGGAAUGUAUUUCGUGCAUCUAUCAAUUCUGGGCGGCGGGAACACACACCAGGCUGGCCGCUUGGUAUGUUCUCUACUUCCUUCUGCAAGCCGCCUUGAUUCCCAUCCACUGUUUGCGCCGGAAUCCUUCUCAUCCCGACGCUGCAUCGUGGCGCACUCAAGUCCAGACUUCCUUGGACAUCAUCAAUUCCAUGAUCAACAUCAACUUGAACCCAAGCGCGCCCAAAUGCCGUGACAUUAUUUACCGGCUAUGCGGCAGCAGUCUUGGACCGCAUGGGGCGGCGGCGCAAGCAUCUCACAUGCAAACACAUACACACCCACACUCACAACCACCACAAUCGUCGCGACUACACCCACACCCAGAGGUCAAUGUCAAGACAGAGGAUGAUAUCACCGUCAACCCGAAUUCGAACAUGGACUCUUCCUGGCCCACACUAUUCCCGACCGCUGGGUUCGCGGCUAACCCGUCCUUUUCCUACUCAGCGUCCGGCACUGGCCCUGGGGCAGCCGCAGACGGCAGCGGUGGCGGAGAAGGCGACCUUAUGGAUCCCUGGAUGGCAGAAGUCGACACCGCAAUCGACAACUACGACAUCUACUGUGAUCGACUAAGCAACGCUGCCAUGGCCGGGAUGGGAUUAGCGCCGCAGUACAAUAGCAGCAGUAACAGCGGCCAUACUUACGGGGCCCCUGCAGGCGGUAGCGGUAGCGGCGGCGGCGUGGUCGGUGGAUCUGGAUCUGGAUCUGGAUCUUUGGAUACUAGUAUUGCUGACGGCACAGAGAUCGGCACAGGUGUGCAGGAUUGGGAUUGGGGGUUAAUCCUGUAGUGCUGUACAGCGUUGUGGUACAAAGUUGGCACACUGGCACAUGUGGUCUUACAUACUCCUACUGUAUAACGUGCAUAAAAAUUUCAAACUAACGCAACCUCGAAGACCCGAGAAUGAAGCUGCCCUGUUCUCGUGCUCGAGGUAAGCUUGAUGUGAUGCUGUAUGAAAUUCUAUAAUACAAAUUGAGAUCAGAGGGGUUGGGAGGACCUCGUUCCACCCAGAGUACCUUACAUACCCAGUCAGUCGACCCUCACUACUCAGGACCGGAGAUCAAGAUCAACCAGACACCAGAUCACCACCCACCCCGGCCUCGUUGGUAUGAAAAUCCUCCUCUUCAAGCAUCUGACACAGCUCAUGCGUCGUCCGAAACCUCCCCUUUGUCCAACACGCCUCGAUGACGGAUCCCAGAAAGACAUCGUCCGUAAUAAUAGCAGGGAGUUUAUCUCUGGAUGGCCA